AUGAACAAAGGACAGUCACCGGAGCCUCUUGAUUUCUUCAUCUGGACUGUUGAGGAUGUUGGCAUGUGGCUGGAGACUAUAAAUCUUGGUAGUUAUCGGCAAACUUUUAGGGAAAAUGGUGUUAAUGGAGAAUACUUGGAAGGGAUGUCUAUGUUCACGACUGAACAGAUCCUUCGUUUCAUAAGACGUUGCCACAUGAAGUGGGGAGACUUCAUCACGUUAUGCAAGGAAUUGAGACGGAUUAAAGUGGCUUGUUUGAAAGGGGACCAAAAGGUGCGGCGGCCGUGGUGGGCACCAGCAUGCCUGUCAACAGUGUUCUUAAAGGUUGCAAAAUCCAACAGACAGUCGAGAGUUGUUUCAUUGAAAUUGGAACCAUGA